UUGACGUUUCGACGAUCGGCGCUAAAACCGCGUGUCUGCAAAUUGCGGUGAAUUCCAUUUGUGCUGUCUAUUGCAAAUUUUCCUUACCGGCCGGGAAAUACGUAAAGCAGAGCGCAUCAGCUGCGACUUCCGACUCGCAGCUGCCGUUACGAACCGUGUCCUUCCGUAGCGUUUGUCGCAAAGUGCGCGAAGUGUGCGUGUGUGUGAAGAAUUCGAAGGAAGCGGUUGUGUGGUGAAGCACCCCGUACAUUGCAUCCGUAAUCCGCACCCGUCCGAACAUGGAUACCGUCAAGAUAAGCGAAUUGCUGCGUGCCACCAUCGACCCAGCGCAACGAUUGCAGGCCGAGGAGCAGCUUAAUCAGGUACACAAGAUCAUCGGUUUCCUGCCAACCCUGAUGCAGGUGAUCAUGCAGAAUGAGCUGGAGAUACCGGUCCGAUUGGCCGGUGCCAUCUACAUGAAGAACCUGAUCAACACCAGCUGGCAGGACCGCGAGGCGGAGGUUGGCAAUCCGAUCCCGUUCGCCAUCCACGAGCAGGACCGGGCCAUGAUCCGCGACACGAUCGUGGAAGCGAUCGUGCACGUACCGUCGGAGGUGAUCAAGAUACAGCUGUGCUUCUGCCUGAGCCACAUCAUCAAGAACGACUUCCCGGGCCGAUGGACGCAGGUAGUGGACAAGGUGAGCCUGUGCCUGCAGAACAGCGACCCGAACGCGUGGCACGGUGCACUGCUGUGCAUGUACCAGCUGGUGAAGCACUACGAGUACAAGAAGUCGGCCGAACGUGGUCCGCUGACCGAGGCGAUGAGUUUGCUGCUGCCCCAGAUCUACACCAUCAUGAUGAACGUGAUCAACGAACCGUCGGAGCAGAGCGUGCUGCUGCAGAAGCAGAUUCUGAAAAUUUUCUACGCCCUCACGCAGUACUCGCUGCCGCUGGAGGUGAUCACGAAGGAGGUGUUUGCGUGCUGGAUGGAAAUCUGCCGACAGAUCCUGGAGCGGCCGGCACCGGAUGCGUCGCACAUCGAGGAAGAGGAACGGCCGCAGCAUCCGGCGUGGAAGACGAAAAAGUGGGCCUCGCACAUCAUUCUGCGCAUGUUCGAGCGGUACGGCAGUCCGGGCAACAUCAUCUCGAAGGAGUAUAAAGAAUUUUCCACCUGGUUCCUGCAAACGUUCACCAGCGGGCUGCUGAUGGUGCUGCUCAAGAUUUUGGACCAGUACCGGAACAAGAUCUACGUGUCGCCGCGCGUCAUGACCAACACGCUCGACUACAUCAAGACGGCCGUUUCGCACGCGUUCUCGUGGAAGAUGCUGAAGCCGCACAUGAUCGAAAUCAUCCGGGACGUGAUCUUCCCGCUGAUGUCGUACACGGACGCGGACGAGGAGCUGUGGGACAGCGAUCCGAUCGAGUACAUUCGCAAGAAGUUCGACGUGUUUGACGAUUUCGUGUCGCCGGUGCAGUCGGCCGAAACGCUCCUGCACAACUGCUGCAAAACGCGCAAAGGCAUCCUCACGCAGGUGAUGCAAAUCAUCAUGCAGAUCAUCAAUACGCCCGGGCUGGAUCAUAAGGAGAAGGACGGUGCGCUGCACAUGGUCGGCUCGCUGGCGGAGGUGCUGCUGAGGAAGAAAAUCUUCAAGGAGCAGGUCGAGCAGCUGCUGAUGCAGUACGUGUUCCCGGAGUUUAGCAGCCCGCACGGACAUCUGCGGGCGAGAGCCUGCUGGGUGAUGCACUACUUUAGCGACAUCAAGCUGAAGAACCCGCAAGUGCUCGAGCAGGUGAUGCGCUUCCUGAGCAAUGCGCUGCUCACGGACAAGGAUCUGCCGGUGAAGGUGGAAGCGGCCAUGUCGAUGCAGAUGUUCCUCAUCUCGCAGGAAGACGCGGCACCGUUCCUGGAGAACCAGAUCAAGGAAAUUACGAUGGAGCUGCUGCGGAUCAUUCGCGAGACGGAGAACGAGGACCUGACGAACGUGCUGCAGAAGAUCGUGUGCACGUACGCGGACCAGUUGCCCCCGAUCGCGCUCGACAUCUGUCAGCAUUUGGCGACCACCUUUAGCCAGGUGCUGGAAACGGAGGAUAAUGGCGACGAGAAGGCGAUCACCGCGAUGGGGCUGCUCAGUACGAUGGAAACGUUGCUGGCGGUGAUGGAGGAGCAUCCGCAGGUGCUGGCCGCGCUACAUCCGGUCGUGCUGCAGGUGAUCGGGCACGUGCUGCAGCAGAACGUGCUCGAGUUUUACGAGGAAGCGUUCGGGCUGGUGUGCGAUCUGACGUCGAAGAGCAUCUCGCCGGACAUGUGGAAGAUGCUAGAAAUUAUCUAUGAGCUUUUCCAGAAAAAUGGAGCCGAAUACUUCGUCGACAUGAUGCCGGCCCUGCACAACUACAUAACGGUCGAUACGCCUGCCUUCCUGUCGAACCAGAACCACGUCAUUGCGAUGUACAACAUGUGCAAAUCGAUCCUCACCAGCACCGCGACGGAGGAAUCGGAGUGCAGUGCGGCCAAACUGUUAGAGGUCAUUAUCCUACAGUGCAAGGGACACAUUGACGAUUUCAUACCGAGCUUCGUUGAGCUGGCAUUGUUGCGACUGACGCGGGAGGUGAAAACGUCCGAGCUGCGAACGAUGUGCUUACAGGUGGUAAUUGCAGCUAUCUACUACAAUCCCACGCUGUUGCUAGAGAUACUGGAAAAGAUCCCGAUACCGGUCCCCGAUUCGUCCAUUACGGCUCACUUCAUCCGACAGUGGCUUCACGAUUACGAUUGUUUCCUUGGCAUUCACGAUCGUAAGCUGUGCAUUAUCGGGCUGUGCACGUUGCUGUCGCUGGGCGACCGUAAGCCGACCGUGCUGAGCGAGCUGCCGGACAAGAUCAUUCCAACGAUGCUGAUGAUUUUCGACGGACUGAAGCGUGCCUAUGCUGCCCGUGCGGCCGAGGGCGAGGAGGAGGAAAGCGAGAACGAAAGCGAAGACCUCGAGGAUGGCCUAUCGAGCGACGAGGACGAUGUGGACGAAAUUAACCCCUACUUCAAGAACAUGUCGAAGAUGGUGCAGGAACGGGGUGCGGAAGCUGGUUUUGAAAUUACUGCCUCGAUUCAGGAUGCUGAUUCCGAUGAGGACGACGAUGACGAAGAUGAUGACGACGACGAUGCCGACGAUAUGGAUGAAACGGCACUGGAAAGCUACACAACACCACUGGACGACGAGGAAAAUCCCAACACGGUCGAUGAGUACAUCAUGUUCCAGGACGUUAUGAACAAUCUUCCCAACACGGAUCCCACCUGGUAUACGAUGCUUACCAGAAAUUUGAACGCAUCCGAGCGCAAAAACCUGCAGGAGGUGCUCGUGUUGGCCAACCAGAAAAAGGAAACCAAGCGCUCGAAAGAGAUCGAAAAGAGUGGUGGCUAUCAGUUCACGCAGCUGCAGAUACCGUCCAGCUUUGGUUUUACGGGGCAGCAACAGUAAUGAUGGGUGUCCUGCUAGUGGAGGAGAUACGCAUUAGCCAAAACCAGUGUUGUGGGAAUGGUCGUCCGAGCGAAGCGGGAAGCUUAUAGCGCGGCCUUCUCACUCUUAACGAUGCAUCCAUCAUGUGUACUACCACUACUACUACUACUACUACUAUUAGUGCUGCUUACACUAAUCGCAACUACGACACUACACUGCUGCAACAACUACAGUUACACAGUCCGCUAACGAACAGAAUCAUUUCUCCCACCACAACCUCAUUUCGAUACACCUACAGUGACUCUGGGUUUAUCUCAACUCCAAUUCCUCCAACCAUCCCUCGACUCGGCUGCAACCGACCGUUAUAAACGCCAAACCUUUGGAAGAAGCAUGAAUUCGGUUUUGUGUGUGUAUAUGCCCUUCUGUUAGUUAACUUCUUUCCCCCCUCUGUCAAAUAACGUUAAUUGAUACAAUAUCCUUCCCUACCCACCGGGGGGGGAAUGCUUUAUCUCGACGAUUGAUUAAUAAGUAACCAUAUGCAUCGUAACCUCUACAUGGCAAGGAAGGUGUGCGUGUGUGUUUGUGUGGGGAAGCACUAGCAGAGCUUUACUAGAUUCUGUAAGAAGAGGAAGCAUUUAAAACGCGCUAUUCUUGUUCCUGUAGUGAGGGCACUAUACCUGGAGUAGCCAUAUAGACGGUUGCUACAGCUGUGACUGCUUCUAGCAGCAAAUACGAGAAGAAGAUGUACUGUGCGCAAAACUUGUUAUUUACACAACAACCACGUUGAAUGUCGCAUAGCGGUUUUUGUUUCCCACAAUGCUGCCAAUCGUCGGAAUUCACUGAAAGCACCACACGUUCUAAACGGUGAAGAAAGGCAGCCCCUCGGUAUGUGGUGUGGCGACUUUUGGCGUAAAUUUUGAACAGAAGCAGUGAGGGCGGCGCACUCGGUCCCUGCUAACGUUCUGGAUCCAACUGUGAUAUAUUGAUCCCAACUCUCGACCCGUGGCGGCAUGGGCAAGGUUCUUGUCGAUAGUCCCGCGCCAGCUGGGCGGAGAGUUUCUUGGCGAAGCGAGCGGAGGCUCCAUCGAUGUGCUGGAGCUCGAUAUUUAAUUUUUUUUCCCCUAUUGUUUUGUGGUGGUCGUUCAAUGGGCAAGGGGGGGGGGGGGGGUGAGGGAGGGGGGAAACAUGAAAGCGUUCGCGACAGAACAUCCUGAGUAUGGUGGAGAGAGCAGGAAAAAAAAAGGGACAGCUGAGACGAAGGCCUUCUUUGCGUUGUAAAGGCACUUUUGUAGGAGAGGAAAAAGAGGAAGAAAAGUUCUAGAAAACAGGCACACACGCACACAAACAGAAAGGCGUUGGAAAGCAAUUAAUGUUGUGUUUUGUAACUUGCAUCGAGCAUUAUUCAUUUAUGACAAAAGCUACGUUUAUUAUAUCGCAAAAAAAGCUAUGUUACGCACAGCGAGUUAGAUUGUGUUCUGGAAUCAGAAAGCUCCUGGAAAGCGUGAAGACAGUAAACCGGAAAGGAAGAGUAAGACACACACACACAGAGCCCGAUUCUUCUGGUGGUACAAGAACACUGUCCGGUACAUCGAUCGAUUUGUGAAUAGAUCAUCUCCUUAUCCCCAUUCCCCCUUAAAACCGAUAGCAAUAAGCACACGCUCACGCCAAGCGAAGGUCCCCCAUUUUAAAGCGCCCAGAGCCUAGAGCGAACAAUAGUAGCGCGUAAUAGAACACAAACACGGCAGGAAUUAAUCGAUCGACACGUAACUCAACACAACACACGAAAACCGGUAAUGACUCAACGGCAGACAACCGACAAACAAACGAAACACGCUGUGUGCAAGGAGGGGGGGGGGGA